UAUAUGUGGGGCUGCGUGGAAAUUACUUUUCUCCUGCUCAACCACAAAGGCAUAGACUCGAACUGCUUGUUGUGGGCACACUGGCUUCUAUCCCUUGUGGACAUUAUGGCUAAUAACACAACAAGCUUAGGGAGUCCUUGGCCAGAAAACUUUUGGGAGGACCUUAUAAUGUCCUUCACUGUAUCCAUGGCGAUUGGGCUCGCAAUCGGAGGAUUUCUCUGGGCGCUGUUCGUUUUCCUAUCUCGAAGAAGAAGAGCCAGUGCGCCCAUCUCACAGUGGAGUCCUACGAGGAGACCCAGGUCUUCCUACAACCACGGCCUCAGCAGGACUGGCUUCUACCGCCACAGUGGCUACGAACGGCGAAGCAACCUCAGUCUGGCCAGCCUCACUUUCCAGAGACAAGCGUCCAUGGAGUUGGCAAACUCCUUCCCCAGGAAAUCAAGCUUCAGGGCUUCAACUUUCCAUCCCUUCCUGCAAUGCCCACCACUUCCGGUGGAAACUGAGAGUCAGCUGAUGACCCUGCCCGCCUCCACCACCCCAGCCACCCUCAGCACCGCGCACGGGGCGAGCCGGCCAGACUUCCGCUGGUCCAGCAACAGCUUGCGGAUGGGUCUUUCCACACCGCCCCCACCUGCCUAUGAAUCCAUCAUAAAGGCAUUUCCCGAUUCCUGAGUCUGAGAUUUCGUUGUUUUUUAAUUCUUUAAAAAAAAAAAGUCUCUUUUAGAAAAUGACAUAUAGGGUAAACAGAAUUUGGGAGCCGUGACCCCCGUGAGUAAUUUUCCAAGUUGACAGGCUCGUGAAAACUAAACAUUACCGAUAAGGCACAGUUCCUUUUGAACAUGUUUUUCGCACUUACGUCUCACAAAAGUACUAUUUUCUCAAAAAGUCCCAUAUUUAUGUAAUUUUUGGAUUCAGGGUAAGGCUUUGAAUUAAAGAUACCGAUUAAAGAUUCUAAUGUACAAACCAUGUGUACUUGUAUGAUUUAGGUUAAAAAGACUUUAGAUGUUUGUAUAGGGUUAUAAUCCUCUAUUCAUUUUUUCCCAGGAGACUGCUGAUAGACAGAAGUCACUAAAAUAGGGAAUUUUAAUGUUACUUUUGGGCAGCGACUCAGUCACUGGCAUCCUUGAAUCUUAGCGCUUUCAUGGUGUGUGUUUACAAGAUGGUAGAACAGCGGAUGUUCUAAAAGCCCAAGAUUCUACUCAGCUAUGAACGAAAAGUAUAGAAGAUGCCAAGCUGUGUUGGUGUCAGAGGGAUGGUUCCAUUUUGAAAGUUAUCUUGGGUUUUUUUCCCCCCACAUAGAUUCAUCUUGUAGUUUUUCCCAAUACAAUCCCCCAAAUCAUUGAUGUAAAACCCUUGGAUUUAGGGACAUGAGGAUUUAACAUGCCUGUUGGGGUAAUGACAUUACCUCAGCAACGACCUCUUCAAUUUAUUUGUUCUAAGUACAAGUUUUUAUUUAGUAUUGACUGGCGUUUUUACUUUCUUGGAUUUAGAGCCAACAACUAGGAAAGCACUUAUCUAGGGCAAUGGUGCCUAACCUGUAGGUCAUGACCUCAUUUGGGGGUCAAACUAUGCUUUCACAGGAUUCACCAAGGACCAUUGGAAAACAGAGACAUUUAAUGCUACAAUUCACAACAGUAGCAAAAUUACAGUUAUGAACUUAACAGCAAAAAUAAUCAAGAAGGUUGAAAAGCACUGCUCUAGGGGAAAUUUCCGUGUUAUCUUUGUGGUCAACUAAGAGUGGUUCUACAGAGACAAUCCACAGUGAAAACAAGCUACAUCUCUGGACAGCAAUUCCUCCUGGGUCAUCUCAGGCCCCAAGCACCAUCCCACAGGUGAUGUUGUGUGAAUCCCAUCUAAAACGCCUUUAAAAGGCUAAAGUAGGCUGAACGGUCCCUGUUUCCGGUGCUUUCCCAAGGAAUCCACAUCAACAGGUGGGGACAUCUUUGAUGUGGGCAUCAGAGACCCUGAGCAGUCCUUUUGUUUCAAGGACAGGAGUUCACUGGGGGAUUAUUCAGAAAGCUUGUAGUUUACAUCGGAUGCAUCAAACAGCGUGUGCAGUUGUUUAUUCUUCUGUAAAUUUUUUUUUUUUGUGAUACCCGGUGGUCCCAGCUAAUGGGGUUUGAACAUAUAACUCCUUUCACAAACAGAUCCCCUACAGCACUUCUUUAUUAGUUUCAUCGAAUUUGUUCUACGCAUUGUUCUUCAAGAGAAAUCAGUCCUCAAAACUGCCGCCAAAAUACCUGGUAAUUAAAUACACAAGAGAAGAAGCAAGGAAAAAUAAUAUAAAGCAAGCUAAGAAGCUGUGAGGAGAGCCGCUACACGGGCAGCCACUGCUUUUUACUAAGAAAAUGUAGAAACUGUAAGAUGGUAAGACGGGCCCAGUAAGAUUUCACGAGAGAGCUUCAGCUUAUAACAACGCUAAUUCUAGGCUGUAUGUCAUCUUCGGUGUUUAACAUGAGAAGCAAGGAAGGCAUGCUGUUUAUCAAUGAUUUUUAUUGGGAAUGAAAACUGUUCCUACCUCCUCCCCAGGGAAGGAAAUGAGAGCAGAGGUCCUCUGGUUCAGCCUCAGUUAUGAAAUGACCAAGGAAAGUAUUUCAUAAAUAUUGUAUAUUACACGAAAUGUGAAGUUAAAACUGAAGCUAGAUUUUUUUUUUUUUGGUGUGGUUGUAAUUGUUUUUAUUUGAAAUGUUUUUCGAUCAUAAAAUAAAACAUGGUAAUUUCAA